AUGAGCGUGAAGGAAGUCACGGAGCAGGAGGCUGAAUUUGCGGGACCUGCUGCAGUUGUGCGAGAAGUUUGCCCUGUGGCGGUUUUCAAUGCGGUUCCCAACUUGGAUUUGCUGCAUGAGAGCGCUGUGGAGGAGUAUGAGAUUUGGACACCCCCGAUGUGGACCCCGCUGUCCCUCUCGCCCAGAUCUCCUCGCAGAAGUGGCUGCAAUUCCAUCAGUGCUUCCAUGUCUACCUCUCCGGCAACUUUGAGGUCUGUGAGCCAGGCUCGCUUGAAGGACCGAAUGGCCAGCGGCUGUCUUUUUGAUGCCUUGUCGGUGAUUGCAGCGCAGGACAGCAGCGGAGAUCCCUGGGCAUGUGCGUUGGGUACAUGA